AUGGAGGAGGUACGCCGAGAACGAGAGGAAGACAAGCUUCACCAAUUUCUUAUGGGGUUGGAUGAAACACUAUAUGGUGCCGUUAAGUCUUCUCUUCUCUCAUGUGUCCCGCUUCCCAGCCUCGAGGAGGCUUAUAAUACGGUGUCUCAAGAUGAGGAAUCAAAACUCUUAAGUCGUAUGAAUGAUGAGAGGAUGGAGGGCAUGAGCUUUGCUGUUCAGACAACUUCUCGUUCUCCUCGGAACACAUCUGACAACAGAGCCACCUCUGUCUCUUGUACUGAUUGUGGACGUGUUGGGCAUCUUGCUGAAAACUACUCGUCUCUUGAUAACUCCUAUGCGCAAACACUUCUUAACAAGUGUUCAUCUUCGUUGGAUCCUACAACCACGGUCGUGGAUAACGAUCCAGAGACAUCGUCCACGUUCGAUAACCAGUACUACAAGAAUCUGAUAGCUCACAAGGGUUUGUUUCAGACGGAUUCAGCUCUCAUGGAAGAUGAUCGGACGAGGAAGAUUGUUGAGAUUCUUGCGAAUGAUCAGGAGAGUUUCUUUGAGAGAUGGACUGAGUCGUUUAUGAAGAUGACUGUGAUGGGUGUAAGAGUUGGUGAAGAAGGUGAGAUCAGACGUUCUUGUUCUGCUGUUUACUAA